GGGGGGGGGGUAUAUGACUUUUCAGAACUGUAAAAUUUGAUAAAGAGUAUAUCCUUCGACGGAUCAUGUAUUGUUCUACAUAAUAGUAUUGAUUACUUUACAAAUGAAUAGUAGUUAUCUUAUUUUACACGGAUAAUUUGUCUUUAAUUAGACUAAUAUAUGUACAAAUUGUAAAUCUACUAUUCCAUUUAAUUCUAACACAUGUGUUGUAUGUGAAACACCAAUAUCCAGAGAACCACAACAGCGACCAACUUCUCAAAAAUCAGGUUUCAAAAAAAUUAAUCAAAUUUUAAUGUUCCUCUCUAGACAAGAAUUCUAUGUCCUCAUUGUAAAUCAACAAAUCCAAUACAUUUACGAACAUGUUAUAUUUGUGAAAAUGUAUUAAUGCCAACAUCAACACCACCAGAAAAACGAACUUCAAUUUCAAUUCCAACAAUAUCAAAACAAACAAAUACAAUGAUGAUAACAUGUUCAAAAUGUUUUCGUUUAAAUAAUCUUAAUGCUCGUUUUUGUGAUUGGUGUGGUGCAUAUCCUGAACAUACAUCUACAUCAAUACAACGUACAAAAUGUCAUACUAAUAAUGAUUCAUUUGCAAAAUUUUGUUCAACAUGUGGAUGUGUUAUUGAACCACCAUUACGUAUUAUUGAUACACGUCUUAAAAACGAUAUGAAUAUUUCAUCAUCAUCAAUGAUUGCUAGUACAUUAAUACGUAAUUCAGUUAAUCCUGUAUGGCUUAAUGCAAAUACAACAUUAACUAAUUAUCAUCAAUCAUAUUCAACAAUUAAAAAAGAAGCUGCAACACAAACAUAUAGAAUUUAUUAUCCAAGUGCAAAAGAUAUUGAUUUAAGUAUAACACAAAAUAAAAAAUUAUUAGCUGAAAAAGAAUUGAAAGAAUAUCGUCCAAUAUUAACAUCUACAAGUCCAGGAAAAGGAUAUUGGCGACAACAAUUAGAUCAUAUUUGUGCUCAUUUAAAAACUUAUGCAGUUAAUCGACCAGAUUUUCAAUCAUUGAUUGGUGAACCACGUAUGGGUAAUAUGAUUCAUGCAACUCUACAUGAAAAUGAAUAUCAAGUAACUAUACAAACAGUAUUUCGUAAACCAGAAAAUCUUUCACAAUCACCAUUUUUUAUUAAUGAAACAAAUGAAUAUUAUCCAAUAAAUAGUGAACGAAGUUCACCAUAUUCAAAUACAAUUUAUUCUGAUAAAGGUUAUACGAUUCUACAAUUGGCUAUACGUAAUGGAUAUUAUGAAUGUUUAGAAACACUUAUUAUAGAUGGAAAAGCUGAAUUAGAUAAAAAAGGACCACGAGGUAAUACAGCAUUACAUGAAUGUUGUUUAUUAGAACUUGAUGGUGCUGAACCAUUAAGAAUUCUUCUCAAACAUGGAGGUGAUGCAUCUUGGUUAAAUGAUAACAAUGAAAGUGUUAUUGAUAUAGCAGCAAAACAAAAUUGUCCAGAAUUAUUACAAGCUUUUUCUAAAUAUCAAAGUGAAAAAAUGCUUAAACAACAUAUGAAAAAUUCUUAUGAUGAUCAUACAAGAAUAAAAACUAUUCAUGAUCAUCAUUCAUCAGAAAAAUUAUAA